AUCCUACUAGUGAUCUAGUAGUCUGUGGGUGUGUGCGCGAUCUGAUUUGCCCCUCUUUGUCGCUAACCUUCCCCUCUACACCACUGGACUGUCUCUGGACACCCUCGAAUCUUCCACUGCUUCGAUCGGCGUUUUUGUCAUCAUUCUCGUCCGUCAGGGUUUCAUUCAUUUGCCGUUUUCUUCCCUUAGUCUACGGCUCCAGCCUCCUCCCUGGACCCUUCCCCACCUUCACAGCCCCUUGCUCAACAUUCCCGUAUCCGAAUUUCCGAUUCUAAGCUCUGCCUGCUUCUGUUUCUUCACAUAUCUUCCUUUCGAAAUCAAUCCCUAAUUCCUUGUCUAUAUAUCUAUCUUGACCGACCCUCAUGUCAUACAUAUACAGAGAGCGUGAGCGAGAACGCGACUGGGAUGAACCUCGUUCUCCCGUCACAAUCAAACGUUACGUCAUCUCCCCCGAAGAAGAGCGAGAGCGAGAGAGAGACGUUUUCUACCGACGCGAAGAUCCCGUUGCUGACCGGGAGCUGGUAAUUCGGCGCCCUUCCGACCGAGAGGAUCCCGUCAUGCUCCAACGCUAUGAGCGCGAUGUCGACUACGACUCCCGUAGCUAUGACUAUCGUUCCGAGAGGGACUACUACGAACCUCGAGGUCCUGUCUACGUGAGCCCGCGGGAGUCCGACUAUGAUGUUGUCCACCGUUCAGAAGUGGACCGGGAGCCUGGGUACUAUUACCACCGGCGUGUUCGCGAAUAUGAUAACGACCGUCGUUUCCACCGUGAACUGAGUCCCAGCGACUCGGUGUCCCAGGCUACCCGUCGUCGGGAUGAUCGGGAUGACCGCGAUUAUAGCAGUGAUGAUAGUAUGGUCUACAUUCGCAAAGAGACGCGUGAGUAUGAAGACCACCCACACCAUCGACGUCAUCUGGCCGAGGGUGCUUUGGCCGGUAUCGGUGCUGCAGAGUUACUCCGCAAUCAUCGAAAGAAAGAGGGGGAGGACGUCUCGAAUGGAGUGGGUCGUCUCGGACGGGAUAUUGGUGCUGGCGCCCUAGGCGCUGUAGCUGUGAAUGCAGCAUCCCGAGCUAGAGAUUAUUACCGUAGCAAGAGCCGACAUCGUUCGCACUCAUUCGAUGAUGACCGCAGCUCUCGUUCUCAUCACCGGCAUCACCACCAUAGUUACAGCCACUCCCGGCGCAGUCGCAGUCGCAGUCGCUCUCAUUCUCACUCUCGGGUGAAAACGCUGGCAGAACUUGGCCUCGGUGCUGCUGCUAUUGCUGGUGCUGUGGCCCUCGCUCGAAAUAAAUCCAAAGAUGAGCGACGAAGCCGCUCUCGCCAUCGAAGUCGAUCACGCCACCGCCGUUCGUCUUCUGUCAGAUCUGGAAGGUCUGCUGGUGGCGAAAAGCGUAGCGAGUCGGAGCGCAGAAGGCACAUGGCAGGCGCUGGCUUGGCUGGUGCUGCGGUAGCCGGUCUGGUGGAGAAGGCCCGCAGUCGCUCCCGCUCUCACAAACGUGCGUCUCGAUCUCAUAGUAGGCUCAGGAAGGCUCUCCCUAUCGUAGCAGCUGGCUUGGGCACUGCUGCUGCCACAGGGCUUUACGAAAAGCAUAAAGAGAAGAAAGAAGAGGAAGAAGCUUCGGGCCGCAGGGCGCGAUCCAGAUCUCGAAGCAGGGCGCCUCCCGAAAUCUACCCUGACCCGACACGGGACUCGGCUGGUUUGAUUGAGUAUGGCCAGGACCCGGUUCACGGAAGGAUUCCCACCGCGGAUUACUACGGCCGGCCCCCGAGUCAACAGGCUUUUUACUCUGAUGGUUCUGACCCAGCGGGAUUUGGCUCGUCACGCCACCGCGGCCGCAGCAUUAGCCGCAGCCGCAGCAGGAGCCGGAGCCGUGGUCCGCGAUACAGCAAUAGUCCUUCUGGGUCUGAUAGCGGCGACCGUAGAAGGCCGCGAAAGAAAGAGGAUAGACAUCAUAGCCGGACUCGUGGCAUUGCUGAGGCUGCUCUGGCUGCAACUGGGGUAGGGUAUGCGGCACAUAAGUAUUCUCAGCGGAGGGAGCGCAAGGAGGCGGAGAAAGAUAGGGAACGGCCUAGUGAGUGGCCAUCGAGGGGGUUACAGCAUCAUUAGACUAACACCAGUCGGUUAGGAUUCGAUGAUGACACACGCCAGGGCUCGUAUGGUGAACGUUAUAGUCCUGAGCUGUACUCCCACUCCCCUCUGCCUCCACCAGCGAAUGAACACCAGUACUACCCUAACACCAACCAUUUCCCACCCCCUCCAGGGUCGGCUCCUCGACCGGCUGG